ACUUGCUGAGCCAAAAUUUUUGGAAGCUGCUGACGUUUGGGUUAAUUUAACAUUAGGUUAACUCAAGCUCAAUGGAUCAAGUAUCAUCGUUACCAAGCUCUUUCGAGCAGAUGAGCUAUGAAAGAAAAGUCCAACAACUGUUGGAAGACCAGCGGAAGGAACUGGAGAACAAGUUUGCUGUGGACCUUGAUGCGAAGCAACAAGGCUUGGAGACGCAACAGAUUCAACUCCAGACGAGAGUGAGCCGUUUGACUUGGCAAAUUAUCGACAAGGACGCUGUAAUCCAUGGUCUCCAGCAGGUGCGGCGCGAUAAGGACGCUGUAGUCCCUGGUCUCCGGCAGAAGCAGUCCGAUAAGGACGCUGUAAUCCAUGGUCUCCGGCAGGAGCAGUCCGAUAAGGACGCUGUAAUCCAUGGUCUCCAGCAGGAGCGGCGCGAUAAGGACGCUGUAAUCCAUGGUCUCCGGCAGGAGCAGUCCGAUAAGGACGCUGUAAUCCAUGGUCUCCAGCAGGAGCGGCGCGAUAAGGACGCUGUAAUCCAUGGUCUCCGGCAGGAGCAGUCCGAUAAGGACGCUGUAAUCCAUGGUCUCCAGCAGGAGCGGCGCGAUAAGGACGCUGUAAUCCUUGGUCUCCACCAGGAGCAGCACGAUAAGGACGCUGUAGUCCUUGGUCUCAACCUGGAGAAGGAGAGUCUCAACCUAAAGCUCACAGAGACCAGAACCAACCUGUUGAGGACGGCAGAUGUACUCCGACAGAGCGAAGAAGCCUGGCAGGCCAAAUACAAGGCUCUGGAGGACAAGUACACAAAGGUCCUUACAGAGAAAGACCAGACCUUGAAGAACAAAGUUGAACAGAUGGAGAAUGUCAACAAGGACCUGAAGGACAAGGAACGGAUCUGGAAGACUAAGGUCAGUCAGUUGCAGGACGUCAACAAAGACCUGAUGGAAAGCAAACAGAGACUGAAUACCACAGUCCAACACAUGGAGGUUGAGAAGAAGCUUCUGGAAGACAUCUGCCUGAAAAUGAAGAAGAAGAUGAGAGGAGUCUUUUCUUGUUGGAGGACUGAGGAUCGAGAGACAACAUUGCAAAAGAUGAAAAGCAAAAUGUUGAAAAAGACGAAAAAGGAAGUCACGGAGCAUGAAGCUGUGGUGAUACAGGAAGAGACGGAGCAGGAAGCUGUGGUGAUACAGGAAGAGACGGAGCAGGAAGCUGUGGUGAUACAGGAAGAGACGGAGCAGGAAGCUGUGGUGAUACAGGAAGCACAGCAGGAAGAGGUACUGGGAGAAAAGGAGGUGGAGAAGAAGAAGAAAAAGAAGACGACUGUGACAAUUGAUCUCACGUUGGAGAAGACAAGAGAUGGAGCAUGAAGCUGUGGUGAAACA